AUGGGCUUCAAGUGGGUUCUGACUGAGUUUCAGGUGGGAUCCAACUGGGUGAGUUACACCAGACCCAUAAAAACAUUGUGGAAGUUCUACAUUCAGAAGAUGAGGCUGUGUCUCCUACUCUGCACCCUCUGUCUGCUGGCUCCUGGUGGCUACAAUCAGCAUCCAGUUUCCAUUGGUCCCACAGGAUCCUUAAAAGCCUGUGAACAUCCUUGCCCCCCUGGCAGCCCUGGAUUGCCUGGCCGCCCUGGCCCCCCUGGCCCCGCUGGCCCCCGUGGCCACGCUGGCCCUGUUGGAUUCCCUGGCCCCCGUGGCGCCCCUGGAAUGACUGGAUCCUCUGGACCUGCUAUAAUGUGUGGGCGAGAUCUUCUUGAUUUUGUUGACAAGGAUCUUGAAGCCUUAAAGAAAAGUCUUUCAAAGUUGGAGCUGGCUGUAAACUACGAGUUUGUCCGGAAAGUUGGUCAGAAAUAUUUUGUGUCAGACAAGGAGAGAGGCUCUUUCUCCCAGGCCAUCGAAUUCUGCUCCCAACACAAACUAGAGCUGGCUUUGCCGAAGAACGAGAAGGAGAACAGCGCACUGACUCAGUUUUUUGGUGAAGUGGACAAAAUGGUCUGGAUCAGUGUCAACAAUAAAAAAGCAGAGGGAAGUUUUGCAACAGAUAUGAAGAAGCAUGCUCUGAAUUUCACCAAAUGGGGAGAAGGGCAGCCAGACACAUCUGUCGGGGAGACAGGCUGCACCAUGCUGUCAGAAAACGGUGUCUGGCGAGUGUCACAUGAAUGCUCUCUCAAUGCUUACAUCAUUUGCCAGAUAUAA